AUGGCAACGAGACUGCAGCCCGGGCACUUGCUGCUGGUGCCUUUUGCAGACGCGCAGGCAUCCGUCGUCAGCAUGUCAACGCAGCCCUUGCUCCAGAGAACCCAAAACAAGCGGAUUGCGCUGCCAGUCCGAGUCGAGCCCAAGGUCUUCUUCGCUAACGAACGGACGUUCUUGUCAUGGCUCAACUUCACCGUCGUGCUCGGCGGCCUUGCUAUUGGUCUGCUCAACUUUGGUGACAAGGUAGGCCAGAUCUCUGCCGGCCUCUUCACUAUCGUCGCAAUGGCAGUCAUGUGCUAUGCGUUGGUCACAUAUCACUGGCGCGCUUCCGCUAUCCGACGACGGGGCAGCGGACCCUAUGACGACCGACUGGGGCCCACGGUGCUCUGUGUUGCGCUACUAGCUGCCGUUAUCGUCAACUUCGUGCUUCGUUUCACUGCCUGA